AUGGCUGCGAGCCCAUGGAAAUGGCCCAGCCUUGCGCUCAUGCUGGCGCAGAAUGCCAUUACGCCGAUCGUGUUUAGAUACGCCACAACUGGUGCAAAGGAAGGCGACAGAUUUAGCACUGUCGUGUCCAUUGGGUGCCAGGAGGGCUUGAAGCUGGUUCUGUCCCUUGUCUUGGUCAUCUUUGAGCAUGCAGGGCUACAAGGAGCCUGGGCGGCGCUCCGUGCUAUACAGCCUGGUGACUCCAUCCGACUGGCGGUUCCGGCUGUCCUCUUCGUGCUCCAGAACGCUGCCAUGCAGCUCGCUACUGUCCACCUGCCAGCAGCUCUUUUCCAAGUCUUGUGGCAGGGUAAAACGCUGGUCAUGGCAGGACUUUCUGUUUUGCUGCUGGACAAGCGCUUGGUGCGUUCAUCCUGGCUUGCCAUUGCUUUGAUGGCUGCUGGCAUUGCCUGCGUCCAGCUCUCGCAGAGCAAGGAGGGAAAGCAGGCGUCCAUGGCGAAUGCAAGUGAACAGCGGCCAUCGCUAGGUUUUCUCUUUGUUCUUGGUGGGUGCUUCUGCAGCGGUUUUGCAGCAGUCUACCUGGAAAAGCUUGUAAAACAAGCGGGCAAAGCGGUCAAAACCUCCAUGUGGGUGCAAAACAUGCAGUUGGCAUUCUACUCUUUGAUCUUGACCGGCAUCACGACCGGGGCAUCGCGGGGAACCUCCGCUGUUGCGGAUCCGGGACAUCAGGAACCAAGUCAUGGGAUCUUCCAUGGAUUUACGUUUAAUGUGUGGAUCAUGGUGUUUAACAAUGCAAUAGGUGGGCUGCUAGUGGCCCUUGUUAUCAAGCAUGCUGACAAUAUACUCCGUGGCUUCUCGACCGCUCUUGCUACCGUGCUGACAACGAUUCUGUCGGUAGUAUGCUUUCGCUUUGAAGUCCACAUAUCGUUCUUCUUUGGCGGACUGCUGGUGGUGGGCAGCUCCCUUUUGUAUGGAGGUGCAGUGAAGAUUCCUGGUGAGUGGUGGAACACGGAUCCCUGCAGCCGGACUGUGAAAUAUGAGUAG